CUGAAGAUGUUUUCUUGUGGUUUGUGGCAUAAGCAGAACGCUUUGAUUUGGUUUCUUUCUACAGCUCCAUUUUCAGUCGGGCAGCACACAUUACUCUGCGUACAAAAUGAUCGAACACCAGAUUGCAAUUCAGUAUCUCCAGAUGAAAUGGCCGCUGCUUGACGUCCAGGCAGGGACCCUCCAGAGCAGACAAGCCCUCAAGGAUGCCCGCUCACCGUCACCAGCACACAUUGUCCAGAGCCCCCUCCCUUGCUGCACUCAGGGACAUGACUGUCAGCACUUCUACCCCCCCUCAGACUUCACUGUCAGCACUCAAGUCUUCAGGGACAUGAAAAGGAGCUACUCCCUCCAAAAGGUUGGGGAGCCCUGGUGUGUGGAGUCGAACAAAGUGCCGGUGGUGCAGCAUCCUCACCAUGUCCACCCGCUCACACCUCUCAUCACCUACAGCAAUGAGCACUUCACCCCGGGAAACCCCCCUCCACACUUACCAGCCGACGUAGAUCCCAAAACAGGAAUCCCACGGCCUCCACACCCUCCAGAUAUAUCUCCAUAUUACCCACUAUCGCCCGGCACCGUAGGACAAAUCCCCCAUCCGCUAGGAUGGUUAGUACCACAGCAAGGUCAACCAGUGUACCCAAUCACGACAGGAGGAUUCAGACACCCUUACCCCACAGCACUGACCGUCAACGCGUCCAUGUCCAGCUUUCUGUCUUCUAGGUUCCCACCCCACAUGGUCCCACCACAUCAUACUCUACACACAACCGGCAUUCCCCAUCCGGCCAUAGUCACCCCAACAGUCAAACAGGAAUCCUCCCAGAGUGACGUCGGCUCACUGCACAGCUCAAAGCAUCAGGACUCCAAAAAGGAGGAAGAAAAGAAGAAGCCCCACAUAAAGAAGCCCCUUAACGCGUUCAUGUUGUAUAUGAAGGAGAUGAGGGCGAAGGUCGUGGCUGAGUGCACCUUGAAAGAAAGUGCGGCCAUCAACCAGAUCCUUGGGCGCAGGUGGCAUGCACUGUCCAGAGAAGAGCAAGCGAAGUACUACGAGCUGGCCCGGAAGGAGCGACAGCUUCACAUGCAGCUCUACCCCGGCUGGUCUGCAAGGGAUAACUAUGGGAAGAAGAAGAAGAGGAAAAGGGACAAGCAGCCGGGAGAGACCAAUGAUGCAAAUACUCCAAAGAAGUGUCGGGCACUGUUCGGGCUUGACCGACAGACUUUAUGGUGCAAACCAUGCAGGUAUAUAACCACUGCGAGGCCUUUGGGAAACCAAAGUGUUCUGUCCUUCUGGUAUCUUAGUGUGACAAUUUAUUUUGACCUCCUUCCCGUCUAUUUCUCCCACUAGCAUCAAUGACUAAUGAGCCUCAUUCUUUGAAUUUUUCUUGCUGAUUUCACACUGUUUCCUCUCCCCACUUUCUCAUUCUCUCUUUGCUCCCCACCCCUGCUCUAACAAAUGACACUCAGUAUAUAUCCCCGGUGGACAGACUGAGACCACAGCCUUAACAUGGGCACCGUCGCUUUCCCUUUGAAAGCCAGCGUCCUGGACUGGCCCCCGCUGAUGCGUGCCUUGGUGGCCUGUGGACUGAGCAUAGAGAGCCCCCAUCCCUGAGUUCAGACUUGGCAGCAAUAGCAUUCCCAUGCACUUGGAGAAGUGCGCUGGGGCAGGCUCCUCCCUCUCACCCCUUUUACUCUGUUUUGCCUCUUUGGUUGUUUUAUGUUUGCAAACCUCAUCUGUCUGUACAGAGGAGCUCGGUCAGCUGACAUUGUUUUACAGAAGUGUGGCAUUGAGUGGCGUGCACCAGCUAAAGGGCUGCAGAGAGUGGGAACUGCAGUAGAACAUAUAUGUAAAUUUGCACAUACAUAGCAGUGAACCAGAUCUGUGCCAGAGUCCCAGUGAAGUUCUCCCCUAGCCUGCACCCUCAGGGAAAGUGUAGGAACUUUCUUCUCGGUGGAGGGAUGCCUGCUAGAUCCUGUCUGGUUUCCUUUCCUUUAAUGACCACCUUCAGUUAAAUUUGUUGUUUCUUUGUUCUGAUACAAGCAGUCUUUGAAUUUGGAAUAUUAUGAUGGUAGGUAUCUCGACACCCCACACACGCGUCCCUGUUUGUAGUGCCUCCCUUGUCACGUGUCCCUCUCCUCCAUGCCUUUGCCGUGUGCUCCGUGUCUAGACGUUAGAUCAGAUGUUCAUCCCAUUACGUGCAUGCCCACGAGUCUGCUGUGUCUCCGAUCCUCUCCUGGUGCCAGUGUGAGAGCCCGGUGAAGCGUGCCUCGUGUAGCAGAGAGAGGGCCCAAGGGUCGCCACAGACAGGGACACACGCGCCUUUAGGUGGCCACUCAGGGAGAGGGAUUCUCCAGUCCUCGUGUGGGAUGGCAGCAUUCACAGAGGUGCGAAUGCCUUUCGGCACAGUCCUGGGGUCCUCCCUGGUCCACAGAAAGGGUUAGAUGCCAAAAUUGGGAAUAUAGCAAGGACGAGCAGGGAAAACAAGGCCUGUGCUUACUCUGUGGAGGGCAGGGAAGCUGUGGGCAUUUUGUUCCUGCCUACGGAAAGGUCUCCGACCAGCCACAGGGACCACCCCAAAGGGAAGUUCCUCAUGAUCGCUAGAUACAGACAGCCAGCGUCACUGGCUACGCCCCACAGUAGGGCUGCUUCAGGUGCCCACUUUAUUUUAGCCAUGGGGUUGGCUGGUGGUUUGUGAAUCACUUUUUUGUUUCAGAAGCUGUUGCAGUGUGUUACACUUGGCUGUUUGGUUGUUGUUUUUUUAUUUAUUUAUUUUUUUUAGCUUCCUAGAAGUAAUUACUGACAUUGAUCUGGGCAGACACCCCUUCCUCAGACCUACCCACCACCUUGCUUAAAGCCUGGGGUGGGGUGGGGUCUUCCUCAGAGACCAGAAUUUUCUUGGUAUUUUUACAGAAAAAAAAAUUCUGCCAGGUGCAAACCUGUGGAGCUACUUUGUGUGUUUGCAGCAUGGUUUUCUGCAGUGCAGCUCUGAGGGCCUCACGUCCCUUCUGUUGUCGUGGAGGCCCACAGGCCCCUCGUCUUAGGACCCUCAUCAUUCCCAGCCUCCUUCCCCCCCCCCCCCCGCAGUCCCUUUUCUUCUGUUGGGGACAGUUUUUUCAUACUGUGAUGUAUUGGCAAAUUCAUUCUGCUGCCUUUUUGUAGGCAUCAUUCCAGCACAGGUCAGGAGGAAGGCUUAGUUUUCUUUCGGAAUAAAUAAAUGAGAUGGAGUCCCUGGCCCCAACCUGAGACUAGAUAGGGUAGCUAGGAGUGUGAGUUUUGAACAAGUGGUUACCUGUCUCCUUCCCCCCAACUCUUCCUUUCAACUUCGCCGCAACCACAUCUGGCUUGAUGCUAAAAUCCAUAGGACAAAAUCAGCUUAAAGAUAAAAACAGAAGAGAAAGAACAUUUGUAAAAAGCAGUCGCAAACCGAGGCAUUUCCUGACUCAUCAGAAACGUGUAUGUGUUCCAGCUGCCCUUUGCUCGGCCCUGCUGGGGGAGCAUCACUCUGUCAUCAUAGUCUUUGUGUCCUGUGUUCAAAAUGCCCCCCAUCCCCAUGAUUUGGAAACAUCCACACCAUGAGGAGGGUGGGAGGGGUGUGGAAAGCCCCAGAAAUGCUCCCCGCCAAGCAGGGCUCCUAGCUUGCCACACAGGGCUUCUAAUUCUGUUCGGCAUUUGAGGACAUUGUAACCAGACUGUUUUGAGCCCACCAAGUUGCUUUCCCGUCUUUUCACUCUGCCUUAACAGAGCCCGGAAUGCUGCUUGAUGCCGCUCCCCUGUCUUCCUGUUGUCCCUCCCUCUCCCUUGCCCUCUCCUCUCCUUUCCUCUCUCUCAUUUUCCCUUUUGCUUUCUCAGUUUUGCUUAUGCCCUCUCCCACCUCCUCUUCCUUUCAGUACUCCGUUUUUAAAAUGCAUGGACAUCUUAGUUUUGAGCAUGUUUUGAUCUGCAGGCUAAGGUGGUUUAAAACUGAGAGGCUCAAUUACUGUAUUAACUUUGGUUCCUGAGACAGGCACAGAACCCAUAGUCUAUGCCAGUCUGUCCAGGGGAGUAGAAGGAACUUUGCCAUGUGAGAGGGUGACAGGGGCUUGCCCUUCCUCACCCUGAGUUCUUCUGACCCACAGGGGACAGGAGGACCUGAGGCCACCAGCCCCAGUGGGCCUCAGCCUCUGGGAGGCAGGAGGACUGAGCAUGUUCCCUUCCAUCCUCCCCCACUUCCCUCUCCUGCCGUUUGCGGAGUCCAUGUCCGUGCUCAGAUGGGUACGCCAGCUCGCUCUGGGGCUCAGACCAGAGGAGGAACUCAGUCCGCCCCUCCCACAGCGCUCAGCGAUGCCGCCGGCCCCGGCAGCCUUCAUGCGGGCAGCUGGCCCGUCCAUGUUCGCUCACACUGGCUCACAGGCGUGUUCCCCGCCACGGUUGUGGCUACACCUCAGGGUCCUUGGAUUGAGCACAUGCCUGAGUCUGCGUGGUUUCUAUAGCAUUGGUGGGUCGAUCUCAGGAUCACCCCUCCUACCAAGUAGGAUCCCAUUCGGCUGGGAGUAAGGUGGGAGGGAGAGGCUUUGAAGUCACACACCCAAGUUCUUGAGUUGAUUUUCCCAACCUCAUCCUUGGAUGAUAAGGAGGACAGGCUCUGACAUUCGCAUUCCUAUUUCUUACACGAACAGGUAGUGGAGAGGGGCAAUUCUGGUUUUGGUGCAAGGCUGAGUUAGUCUUUCUGGUUCAAACACUCCUCCGAGGAGCCUGCCCAGGAAGGCCCUCCUGCAGUUCCCUGGCACUUCUUGGUCCUCACUCGCUGCGCCCUCUACUUGCUGGGACAAGAGCAAGACGCCCGUCCAUCCCAUCCUCACCAUUUCUCCUUCCAACCUUCUCACUAGGGGUGGGGGAAGGGAGGCCCCAACUCUUUAAAAAAAAAAGAAAUCAAAAAGCUUAAAAAAUCAAGUUUGAAUUCUACUUCAAUCCACAACCUGCAGGCCAUACAACCAGUUAUUCUUGUUCCUUUGGAUCAUUUUCUGUUUUUUCUUAUUCUUCCCCCUCCCCCACCUUUGUUUAUCCUCUUCUACCUGUUUUUGGUGGUUUUUUGGUUUUUCUUUUGUUUCGUUUUCUUUUGUUGGUUUCGUUCUUUUUGGUUUAUUUGGAUUUAUUUUUGUUCCCCGCCUCCCCUCUCACCUGAUUCUGACCUCUCUCGAUUUGGUGUGGUUCUUAACAGACAAGCCCGCGAGCUCUCUAGGCCCCAGCAGCCUCCCGGUGGUGGUGUGUUAAAACCUUUAAGCCUCGCGCUAGUGCUGCCUUCAGCUAUGUGGGCUCGACAGUCAGCGUUUUGAGAGUUUCAUAUUGAUAAGAGGCAGCUGGGGAAGGAGCUCUGUCUUUCUCUUUUAAAUGCACACACCGCACAUGCACACACAUCG